CUAUCUCCAAAUUCCAAUCAUACACCCCAAAGUACGGGCCAAAAUCAACUCCACGCCAAACAAAUCCACUCUAAAAAAAAUUGAGGCCCCACCAACUCAUCUUCACGGGUGGCUCUUCUUUUUUUUUCGGCGGAUGGAUCUGCAUGGCAGCACCAAUUGGACGGCGGCUGUUCCAGCGCUGCUUGCGGACAGCGACGAUACCCAACAACCUGUUGCUCCUACCCAAUCUGCGGCGGCGGCUGGACAGACCAGCGGUUGCACGGCUGAUGGCGGCAGCGGCGAGUCUCCCGUGACUCACCCCCUGCUGCGGCUCUCCCGAUUCAAGCGCGACAACGCUCCGUGGAUCAACGGGGAUGGUGGUGCUCGGGCGGCAGCGGCCCUCACUCUGGAUCUUGCUGCUGCACACAGUUCUUCUCCAAAGAACCCAGGGAAUAACAAGCUAUACUUGCUUAGGCAAGCUAUGAAUCUGAGAUUCAAGGAAGGUUCUUCUAUUUCUGACCACUUGAAUGAAUUUCAAGGGUGUUUUGAUCAGUUGUUAGACAUGGGCGUAAAGUUCGAGGAUGAGAUUUUGGGGCUUUGGUUGCUGAAUACUUUACCUGAUUCUUGGGAAAAUCUUCGUGUGUCUUUGAUUUGUUCUGCUCCCGGUGGUACAGUAACUAUGGAAUAUGUCAAAGCUGCCGUUCUGAAUGAAGAAGUGAGACGUAGAACUCAUGAGACAUCUACUUCAAAAUCCGAUGUCUUGGUUACUGAAAAUAGGGGGAGUAGAAAAGAUAGAGAUCAUGGAGAAUUCAAAAGGGGCAAGAGCAGGAGCAAGUCCAGAUCAAAAUACAAAAAUGUUGAGUGCCAUUAUUGUCAUAAAAAGGGGCACUUGAUGAAAAACUGCUUCAAGCUGAAGAACAAAGACAAGAAUAAGCCAGAAGGGAAAGAUGGUGAUUAUGGGGUAUUGAAGAUGGGUAAUGAAGGUCGUUCACAGGUUGUUGGCAUUAGAGUUGUAGUCCUGGAAACCAAAACUGGGAUGAAGUUAGUGUUGAAGAAUGUCCGACAUGCACCAGAUAUUCGCUUGAAUCUGAUAUCUACUAGUGUCUUGGAUGAUGAAGGUUAUGUGAGUACCUUUGGUGAUGGGCAAUGCAAACUCACUAAGGGUUCUCUUAUUGUGGCUCAUGGGAAGAAGUGUUCAGCUUUUGUACAUGUGCCAAAGGACGAGAGAUCCAAAUUAGAUGUCAAGACGAGGCAGUGCAUCUUUGUUGGCUAUGGUUAUGAUGAAUUUGGCUAUAGACUUUAUGAUCAUGUUGAGAAGAAGCUUGUCAGAAGCCGUGAUGUUAUCUUUAUGGAGGAUCAGAAUAUUGAAGAUAUCCAGAAGAUGGAGAAGUCAGAGUCUCAAAGUUAUGAUGAUCUUGUUGAUUUGAAUCCAACUCCCGUGGCUCAUACGCCUAAUGCUACCAAUGGAGAUCAGAAUGAUGAUAACAAUCAUGUUCCACAUGAUUUUGCCAAUGGUAAUGGUGAAGAUGAUUCAAAUGAGAUUCAUUCAAGAGGGAAAGGUGUUGAUCUUGGGAACUACACAUUCAUUUGUGUUCUUGCUUUCCCAACAUAAAUGAAGAAAAUGAAUCAAAAUUUUGAGGGUAUGGAGAGAAAAAGCUCGUCAUUUUGUGAUUUGAUCUGGGAUUCUGGGAGCAUCUCUUCAUCCAACCUUGAUAUUGAUGAAUAUCAGUUUUAAUUUGGUGACAUUUAAAAUGCGAUUUCGUUUCUCCACAUUCUCAAUCAGUAGCCUAAGCAGUGGCACUUUAGAACAUGCAUGUAGCACAAUAUCCCACCAUUAUCAACUGUUGGGGAUAAUAAUGAUAACGCGAAUCAAUCGAGAGUCGUAUA